GCUCGCGAGAGAAGGUUACGCCGCGCGGGCCUCCUGGAACCACUUGACUUGUGCGUGUUUCUGUGGAUUGUUUUGAAUUUUGUGAGAAGGCGAAAGGCUGUGAAUGUUGAUCAGUGGGAGAGAGUGUGUGGUGCCCACCGUGUGUACUGACACUGUAUAAACACAGACGGUGGAGAAAAUAAACCAAAAAUGGUGACUUUGUUGUUACUACUAUUUUCGGCAACUUAUGUGGCCGGGGUGUGUUACUUCCCGGUAGAGUACCAGGGCAUCUUCGCCACCCAGUCCAGCAUCUCCAGUAUCUCUGAAGGAUCUGUUCACCAGUACUCCCAGGUAACCAUCCUGCCUGACGCCAUCCCUGUGUGGGGCGUUUGUCACCGCAAGUUCGACAACAACGUGAUCUUGAGGGACCCUACAGGAGGCGAGGACUGCUUCAGGUGCUUCCACAUCUCUCUACACUCCGGCAACGUCAUCCAGAUCUACACUGAGGGCCUCAACAAGUGCUACGCCACAGAGGCCGCCGCUCACCAGACCUGCCCGACCCUACACACCAUUAAAGCCAACAGGGCGAGCGAGAUCAUGCUCUACAAAUCUCGGAGCUUCACGCAGGAUGGACAGAUCGACCGUGUCUUCUGUCCCAUCAGCGGCCGCUUCCGUUUUACUUAUGACGUCAACGACGGGACGGAGAGCUCGGUGGAGUGCCCCGACCCUACCUCAGAGCUUUCUAACUGUCCCAUGGGCUCAGAGCUCCAGCUUAGGUUCAGGAGGUGUUCCUUCGGUGAGCUGGAAAUGGGUCUGAGGUGCCUGGGAGACUGGCAGGGACACGACGGUCACCAGUACCUCGCCCUGUGGGACCCCAAAGUCACCACCGACAACCAGCCUCGCUACCGCUGUGCUAUGUACUCAGUCGAAUCAGCCACCGGUCGAGUCUUCCUGAGCUUCAGUAUUGACGCCACCUGCACCAACCAUCUGCACAGCCCCUGGGAUGGAUACGAGACGAUGGUGCUCACCCCCGUCACCCCCCCAGCGCCCCCUGCCGUCGUCCACACCACCGUCUGCGCCUUCCCCCGCUGGGCUCAGGGCUCCUGGCAACACCUGCAGAUCGACGCCAAUGAGCUGUGGAUUCAGGACAACGGGGCAGACAAGAAGUACCAGACGCUGUGCCUCUCCCAACACGCCCCACACGGCGAGCGGUACGCCCUCUACUCCAAGACUCAAUGCGGCGAGGAGACGUUCAGUUGUAUUUGGAUCAAGAAGAGAGCAGUCAACGUGAUAGAGUACCAGACAGCUUCCUACCCCAGCGAACUAUACAACGCCUCCAGGAUCUGCUCUGAUGACAUGUUCCGGGGGCAGGAAUGGUUGACACAAGGACGUCUCAACCCAGAGAACCUGUCGGGGUGUCCCAUCACAGGAGAGUACACAGGCGUGAUCCCCGACGCCCAGGAGCUGUGUGCCCGCCUCUCCUCCGACUGCAGUGACCCUCAGCACAUGCACUACACCGUCAGCUCCUGCUUCAACGACACCGAGAUUUAUGAGGAUCGCGGCCACAUCAGCGGGGCAAGCAGCGCGGGCGUCGCCUCCCCCAGGCGACACCUUCGCAACGUGUACCAUGUGUCAAACCCACGCUCCCUGCUGGGGGCCCGGGCCACGCGCCACGCCCUUCGCCACGCCCCCCGCCAGCUAUCUUGGGCAUACAACCGCGCAGCAGAACUUGGCUGGUCUGUCGACGCGCAGUUUACUACUAUCGGAGCGCAGCCGCGGCGCAGGGAGCACCCGCCGAGGCAGAUCUACGUCUUCCCCAACGAAGAAGUUCGCACGUCUGCGCCGAAGGCCAAUGCACAGGCACAGACGCAGAUGGAGGCACAGCAGCAGCGCCCACAGGACGUGGCAGGGUCUGGCGUGGUUGAGGGCACUACCCGCCUGCCAUACCCUCACGAGCGACCCUUCUACUUCCGCGUCGAGUCCAAAGAGUCAGCCUGGGCUCACCUGAAGGGUCAGGAACCUGUCACCAUCGAAGAGCGAGAGUACAGGUGCCUGGGUCAGUGGUCAGAGGGCGGGGUCAUGUACACCUACACACACCGCCGCGACGUGGACACCUACGAGUGUUUCGCCGGGGUGGUGGUGAGCCCUAAUGAGAUCUUUAUCAUCGAGGCGGGCACCAGCUGUAAGAGGGGACUACAACCUCUGGCUUAUGGCAUGAAGCUGGUCAGGCAAGCGACGUGUAGCGAGAUCGAGGCCAGGUCGUCCACCCCCUCACCCCCCCACCUGGAGGCGUCCUCGCGUCCCCCCUGGUGGCCGCCCACUACCAAGAACCCUUGGCUUAAGAAGACUGACAGUACUGAGGAGCCGCCCUGGAACAAUGAGAUUCCCAGGGCAGCUCACUCCAGCAGCGGCAGGGCCUCCUCCAGGCUCCUUCAGUCCUUGUUGGUGUCUACGCUACUGCUGCUGGCCGCCUUGUGAUCCAACCUGGGCACCAACCAUUUGCUCACAGUGUAGUCAUGACGUCACUUGGGCCAGCCACUCGCAUUACAGUGUAGUCAUGACGUCACUUGUGCCAGCCAGUCGCAUUACAGUGUAGCCAUGACGUCACUUGUACCAGCCACUCGCCUCACAGUGUAUCCAUGACGUCACGACAUCACAUUUGGCAAUCAUCUCUCCUACAUGUGACGCCAAAGAAGCUGUGACGUCAUAGCUUACAACAAGCCAGUUUCUGAGAUGCAAUAGAGUUGGACACCCACAUUGUCACAGCUACGGCGGUGACACUUGCAUGACAUCAUUCAUUAUUAUACCCAGGCAUUACAAGCAGUAUUUAUCACAUUUGUUAUAGUCAAAGGAAACUCUUACCACGACAUUCAGCCCAUCAGAUUAUAAGAGCGCUGUCGAUGACGUCAUUCAUGUCAUCCACUCAUACCACAGCCUGAUAACACCACUCAUGUCAUCCACUCAUACCACAGCCUGAUAACACCACUCAUGUCAUCCACUCAGCUCCCUGCAUCAGUAUCAUCCAAUCAUAUCACAGAAUCGACAAUUACGUCAUUAAAAAUCACCGAUUUAGCUCCUUGUAUCGUUAUGACGUAAUUUUUAGUAUCCAUUCAUAACACAUCAUAGAAGUCAACCACUCAUCUCUCUGCAUCCCUCUGACGUCAUCUUUAGUAUCCAAUCACUGGCAUUCUUGUUUUGCUCCUAUUGCUUCUAGUCAUUCUUCUUUUUUUUAUAUAUAUAGAUAAAUGUUAUUAAGGGUUCCCGCCACAAGAGUCCAAGAUAUGGUUAUACGUAUGUCAGUCUGUCGCUUCUUGAAUGUUGUCAUACAGUUCAACAAAGACUUUCCAUAAUAUUUACAAAUCUGGGGAUGAAUUUUUUUUAUUAUCACCCUCUUCAUUUUUUUUUUACGAGUUGAUUCAUCCACUUCACGUAUAUUUUUUUUGAGAGUCAUUCAUCCAAGGAGAGUUUCAUCCACUCAUCCAUACGAGUCUUGUGUUGUGAUCUCAUUACCUUACGUUUACUAAGCAUCUGUUGUAUUAGGUGUUUGAGGCGGCGUUUAAAUAUUAAUGUUUGUAUACAGAUCUGGCAACAGUGACACGUUUAUUAUUAUUAUUUUAUUAUUAUUAUUGUUUUAUUAUUAUUUUUUGUAUUAACAUUUUAUUAUUAUUAUUAUUAUUUACAAUUGUAACUCUUUUUAAGACUUACAAUCAACAGAUCUGAAUGCAAACCCAGGAGAGGUUCCAAUAUGAAAAUCUUUGUUGACGGAUUGUUAUCAGUUUUAACAUCUACCUUUACUGAAUUCCAUUUCUAAUAUUUGAGCAUGUAGUCAAGGAACAACAGUACUUUUAUGUGAUAGGUCAGAAUAUAGAUAGAUAGAUAAAGACAAGGGAGAGAGAAGCCUUCGUUUUCUGUUCAUGAAUCAAGCUUUUUCUGGCUCCGCUUACGUGUCGCAAUGUUGCUUCUUGUACCAGCAUGCCUCGUCUUAAUGUCUCACUACCCCAGUUCACUGUCUCCAUAAAUUAAGACAUAUUAUUCAUUUGUCUCAUACAUUUCAACAUUUUGUACCUUGAAUUACAGUAUUUUGUUUUUUUCCUCGUGAAAAUUACAUACGUUACAGUAUUGUUGGCCUCGGUCAGGGCAAGUUAUGCUUUAUUUAGUUCCGUGUUAAGUUACAGUGUUCCGUGUUACAUAACAUAGCUCCGUGUUACAUAACAUAGAUCCAUGUAACGUAACACAGUCCAGCCAAUGUUACGGUUUUUUAUAAUAAUAUAUAUGUGUUACUAACUUAGACAGUAAGUUCUAGUCACUCCCAAUCAUUGUACAGUGAUCAGCUAAUCCUGGACCUCGGGAUUGGUUGUAUAUACGUAUAAAUAUAUAUAUAUACAUAAUAGAACCCGACACUUAUUAAUAUUGUAAAUACACAUAUGUGGCUUCCUGUGUUGAGUCAGAUGUAAGGAAGUCACUUAGUCUUCUGUGUGUUGCUGUGGGACGAAUCAUAAGCUACGUUUAUGGCUCGGGAACUAUACUAUAUUAUUUACGAAUAUAUGAAUCAUAAUUAUCGUACAUUUACAUAUAUGAUAAUCUCUAACAUAUAUCAAUAAAUUCAUAUACAAAAAAUAAUGGUAUAUUAUAUGUGUCUGUGUGUGUGUGUACCUUUUGUUGCUAUUAUUGAGGAUAUUGUUAAUUCUCACCUAUAUUAUAUCCUUUACCCGGCAUUUGUGUAUAUUAUUCUACCAGGACAAAUUAUUAGUAUAUAUUAACACUUUGUAUAGGAAAGGUAUAUACAUAUAGGUCUUUACUUUCGUGAAUAUAUGAUGUUUUUGUUUCUCAAUAUAUCUGGUUCAGCUCAACAUGACCAGACUCGCCCUGUAAAUAAAUGUAAAUAGAGGAGUUUAUGGCUGAAUUAGCAUGUGAUAUUGUUUGUAAAUGAUUAUUGUAUUAUUUGACAGUAAAUUGUGUGCACUGA